AUGUCGCGUCGUUUGAUUGACUUAUUAUCUGUUAGCUGGAAGUGUAGUGGGGGCGAGCCGGCGUCAUCGGUUUUCAUACUGGCGAUCGCUCAUCACCCUUCUAACCUCUUUCUGUGUUCUGUGUAUUGGCAGUAUCCAGAUAGUAUCAUCGUCGAUGAUAUUGAGAUUCCAGUUCCUUGGGGACAUGUAGCCGCACGUUGGUGGGGACCUCGUAACAAGCAACCUAUAAUCGCCUUACAUGGCUGGCAGGACAAUGCUGGUACAUGGGAUAAUCUUAUCCCUUUGCUACCUGCUACAACUUCGGUACUUUGUCUUGAUCUGCCCGGUCACGGUUUAUCGUCUUAUUACCCAAAAGGAAUGAUCUAUAACACAUACUGGGAUGGAAUAUUUUUUCUUCGAAGGAUCAUAAAACACUAUAAUUGGAAUAAAGUCACUUUGAUAGGACAUUCUCUCGGUGGCGGCAUCAGUUUUAUGUACGCGGCGUCAUUUCCUGAAGAGGUUGACAGAAUUAUAUGCAUUGACACUGCCAGUCCAGCAGUAAGAGACCCUCAAGAUACAGCAAGGAAUACUGGCACAUCAAUCGAAAAACUUUUAGCGUAUGAAGAUAUGUCAGAAGAAAAAAUUCGACCAUGUUACGACUAUAAUCUCAUGAUUGAUAUUGCAUACGAUGCAUACAAUGGUUCUCUUUCUAGAAAAAAUUGCAUGGUCAUGAUGAAAAGAGGAAUGGCCUCCGCUCCCGCAGACAUGAAAAAAGGGGGAUAUUAUUUCAGAAGGGAUCCUAGACUAAAAGUGUCUGGAGUAGGAACAAUAGGCAUAGGUACCGCUUUAGUGUAUGCUAGUAGGAUCAGGUGCAAAGUUUUUAAUAUAAGAGCUAUACCUGGUCUGAAACGGGAAAGACUAGAUUACUAUUUAGAUGUUAUUGAAAAGAUGAAAGAGAAUACAGAUGUACGAUACGAAGAAGUAAAAGGGACACAUCACGUGCAUUUGGAAACACCCGAGAACAUAGCGCAUCUUAUACGCGAGUUUUUGAAGGGGCGCUGCUUAGUUUACAUAGAAACUUUGAAGGGUUCUAAAAGAUAUUUCGAUUUCAACUCAAGCCACGUUAAUGGUGCCAUACAUCAAAUUAAUUUGAUUCGGCUAGUAGUUGAGAAGUACAAUAUACGAAUUCGACUCCAUUAUAUAACGAAAAAAGUAAAUUUGCAAAAAUCUGGAGAUUUUAAAAGGCAAGUUUAUCGUAAAAGUUGUGCAAAUUUACCAGCUGGUGUCAUCGUAGAUGAAAUUGAGAUACCAGUACCAUGGGGGCAUGUCGCCGGCCGUUGGUGGGGACCACGUAACAAGCAGCCAAUGAUCGCAUUACACGGCUGGCAGGACAACGCUGGAACAUGGGACAAUCUCGUCCCAUUACUGCCCGUAACAACAUCGGUGCUCUGCCUCGAUCUGCCCGGCCACGGCUACUCUUCCCCUUACCCGAAAGGAAUGCUCUAUUACAUAUUUUGGGACGGCAUUGUCCUCCUCCGACGGAUCAUAAAACAUUUUAAUUGGUCCAAAGUGACUUUAAUGGGACAUUCGCUCGGUGGCGCCCUUAGUUUUAUGUAUGCGUCGUCGUUUCCCGAUGAAGUAGAUAGAAUAAUUUGUAUCGACAUUGCCAGUCCUGCCGUCAGAGAACCCUCAGUGACAGCCAAGAAUUUGGGCAAAUCAAUAGAAAAAGUUUUGGAAUAUGAAGACUUACCAGAGGAUAAGAUACCUUGUUACGACUAUGAUGAAAUGAUCGAUAUUGUAUGUGAUGCAUACAAAGGUUCAGUGUCCAGGGAGAAUUGUAAAGUGCUAAUGAGAAGGGGAAUGGCACCAGCACCUGCACAUACAAAGAAAAAAGGCUAUUAUUUCAAAAGAGACCCAAGACUGAAGGUUUCAGGCUUAGGAAUGAUGUCCAUUGAUGCCGCAUUAGAACAUGCAAGCAAAAUUAGAUGCAAAGUACUCAAUUUAAGAGCGAUACCGGGACAGAAAUGGGAAAGGCUUGAUUACUAUUUGGAUGUUAUUCAGAAGAUGAAGGAGAAGGCUGAUGUUCAAUAUAUAGAAGUUGAAGGAACUCAUCACGUACAAUUGGAUGCCCCAGAAAACAUAGCCCAACUCAUAGAAGACUUUUUAGAAGAAUAUUGACUUCACUUAGCAGACAGGGCUUUGUGAUAUAUCGUAAAUCAUGUGAUUGAAGCUAAUUUUGUCUUCGUUAGUGAUAGUUUGCGCAACGCAAUAUUUUAUUUAUUUAGGCAAAAAUAUUUCGUGGAAUUCAAUUUCAUGUUUUCAUGACUUUAUGGCAAUUUCACCUGUUUUAGAUGAAUCUUAAACAAAAACAAUAGGGUGGGUGGAAUUCUCACAUGUUUUCUAUUAAGUUAUUGUUUAUUUAAUUUAGAAAAAGCAAUUAGAAAAUUCGUUUCACGAAACCUACAGGGAGAAUCAGCAAAUGGUCCUAUAGAAAGACAGGCAAAGAGUAUUAUUUGUGUAAAGUAACUUGACCAAUUAUUUAUUGAAAAAAAAAAAGGUUUAUUUUAGUUAUCAAAUUAGUGAAAAAAUUAAUGCUCAGUUAAUUCUAUUCUUGUACUAACUAAUAAAUUUGAUUUAAUACUGCUGCCACGGCAGUGCUAGUGUCUUGGUGAUGGUUUUCCGUUAGAAUUAGUUAUCAAUAUCGUCUUCAGAACAAAGAUCUAUAGGUAAGGUCACACAAAGCUUAUAUAUACAUUAUUGACAUAAUAAACAAAGUAACAGGUUGAACUUGGUUGGCUAAAGUUAUAAUUUUCUGGUUAUUUCUUUAAGUCGAAUGCUUUUAAAAUAUAUGCCAGUUUUAAAAAAAAUAUGUGGCCGUUAAAAAUAUGUGGAGCGUUAGAUUUAAAAUACGUCGCUAAGCUAUAGACGCAAGUGGUUAGCGCGUUCGGCUGCGAUCGUUGAAGUUAAGCAACUUUCGCAGUGGUCGGUCAUUGGAUGGGUGACCAUAAAUUUAAUAACAUGAGCUCCUCCGUGCUUCGGAAGGCACGUUAAGCCGUUGGUCCCGGCUGCAUCUGCAGUCGUUAGCACCUACCAAUCCGCACUGGGCCCGCGUGGUGGGUCAUGGCCCAAUCUCCCUAUUCCAUCCAUAGGGAAGGCCUGUGCCCCAGCAGUGGGGACAUUAAUAGGCUGAUGAUGAUGAUGAUGAUGAUGAAGCUAUAGACGAAGAUCGAUAAUUCGAUAUGAAGUAGAUACAAUUAUGAAUGAAAAAUAUUAUCAAUCGUAAUGAAUUGGCCAGAUUAUAGUUGCGGAUAUCGACUAUUAUUUGAUUUUUUAUCAGAUAAACGCCGAUUACCUAUUAUCAUUGGAAAUUUGACGUGAUAAAUUUAACAAUUUAAUACUUACUGAUUGCACACCGGCUGUAACAUAUAGUAUUUGAUAAAUAAGUAGGUAUGGAUUAUUUUGGGUUUCAUUCCCAAAUACAAUAAUUUUACUUGCUAAUAGGUCUGUACUGAACUAAAAAGUUAAGUUAAAUUGCAACCAGAGGGUUUCGGACUUCAAUUUUCUUCCUUACGCCCAGCGUUCAGCGCUUAAAAUACAACGGUGCUACUACGGCUUGGUUUGAUUACAGUGCUUUUAAAAAGCGAUCGUUCGAACGAAGCCGAGUAGUUCAGAUUUAAUGAAGACACGAGAAGAAGAGAGGUAAUCGCAAAGAACUAAUUACUAAAACUAGGAAACCAUCUACGGGUUUUUUACACUCAACGUGAUAAAGUCGCUUAUCAAGUCUAUUUUAUGGAUCGCGGCAAACUUCUUUAGCAAAACCACACAGAAAUUAACUUGCGCAGUACCUGUACGUUUUUGUAUGUAAAAUUGCUACUGCUUGUCUAUGAUCGUUGUUCAAGAAGUGUGCCGGGAUGUAUGUAACGUCGGCAUUGUGUACCAUUUUUAUUUUUGUUUCAAUCACUCUGUUAUAAUUAAUAAGCAAAGGAGAAUAGUGGGCCUUGUUAGCGCCUUUAUUAAUGUAAUAUUAAGAUUGAUAAUCGUAGUUCGAGUGCUGGCAUAAUAACGCGUUGUUUUGUAGUAUUGAAUAUGGGGAAUCAAGAAUAAGUUUGCUUCGGUUUAUUCCGUGUUAUAUUGUCACAUAAUAAUGUUCAUUGUAUAUACCAUUAUACCAACCACUCUUCUUAUGGUCCGUGAUCACAUACGGUAUUCACUUAACAGUUUUACUGUAAAGCGAGUAAAAAUCAAAGCGUGGACUGCAAAACUCAUAACUCGAAGUCUAGUUUUUGUUGUCUUACAAACUAGACUUCGAGUUAUGAGUUUUGCAGUCCACGCUUUGAUUUUUACUCUUAUAAAUAAAGUUAUAUUCACAAACGGUAUUACUCGAUAGUUUUAUUCUAAUGACUCGAUUAUACUUGUUCGUUAGCCCGAAUGCGAGUGCCAAUGGAAUUCGGGUAAACGACGAAGUUUAAACCGACGAAGUCGAGUAUGCCCGUAUUCGGGUAGAUUUCCUUUUGUUUAACCCGACACCGUCUUCCAGCCCGUAUUUCAGUGUAAAUAUUGCUUUGGGUGCCCGAAUUCAAGUAAUGUCUUUUGUGCACCCGAAUUCGGGCUAACGACCAAAUGUAACAGAGUCAUAAAGCGAGUGAAAAUCAACGUGUGGAUUGCAAAACUCACAACUCGGAGGCUAGUUCGUAAGACGGGGUGUUGAAUUUUACUUGCUCGGACCAUAACAGUAGCGAUAGGUCCUGGUUUCGAAUCCUGGUAGGAGCAUCUAUUUGUGCGAUGUGCACAUAUAUUCGGUCUUGAGUCAUGGAUGUUUAAAUACUUAUGUGUUAAUAUACAACGAUUUUUUUAAUUGUCGUUAUUAGGUAUAUAAUAUAGAAAAGUUAUUUGGUUUCCAUACAACAAGCUUUGCUUAGUUAAUAUAAUUCUUGUGUUGUCUGAAAUUAUUAUUGUCACUAGGAUUAUUACUGAAUAAUGUACGUAUAAAUGUAGCUAUCUUACUGCGGAAUCAACAAAGAUUCACGUUUUGUUCCUUGCGCAUCAUUGAAGCGACUUAAGCAUAUUCUAGACUGAUAUAAUCCAGCGUCCCAACCAAGGUGACCUUGGUGGGAAGUGGGUUUCCAUCCGCGUUAUGAUUUUCGGCUACACGGAUAUAAUCCACGCGCCAACACGCAAUCGCGAGCCGUCUUCUGGAAUACGUAUGCACUUCUAUCAUGCGCGGACUGUAUUAGUAACCGUGUUGAAGAAAGGCCUCCAAAUUUGUCUAAAUUUCGAUUUGUGGGCUUUGCCUUAACAGUUUUGUGUGCAAUCAACGACGAAAAAAACAAAAAAGAGAAUGUGGGUGAAGCGUUGGUUACAACAGCGAAUGAUUCUCAGCCAUUUUAAUUCAUUCAAACUUAAUGGAGUUAUUGGACUUUAAUGAUAUUCAUAACUUCCUAAGAAUACGUGCACGCAUACGUGCGCAUCCGCCGACUGCCACAGCGUAAGGCGUUGAGCAGAGCAGACGACGGGGCGGGGCGGGCAUUUUGUCCGCGAAGCAAUAAAGACCGCGUCUGCCCGUCGAUGUCUGCGGCUGCCCGCGCCGCAUACACAAAGCACACUACGGGCAGAGGCGGUCAGUUUAGAACGUUCGUUCUAGUGAAUAGUCCAUCACUAAUAAGCGCGUGGCGCGGACUGAGCUGACCGCCCCGCGCCGCCGUCUGCGUUACUGCAUAUAAACUGGUUUGUAUGAUCCACGGCGGGCAGCCGCGGACAUGCCGCGCCGCCACUGCCCGCCGGGCACCUGCGGCGCGGUCUUUGUUGCCCUCUGUGUGCGUUUGAAGUAUAGGAUUCACUUUGUGCUAUUAUUCGCGGCGAAAUUGACCGGCCCGCCCCGCCCCGUCGUCUGCAAAGUGCCUAACUGUCUUUGGUUGGAUGUAAUCCGUCGACCAAACGGUUGUAAUCCACGCGCUUCAACCGCGGAUGGAAACGCGACCGUAAUCCAAGGACGUUGAAGGUCAAAUGAAAAUUUGGAUUACAUCCUUCGUCUAGAUGGAUGGCAACGGGCAAGGUCACCUUGGUUGGUAUGCUGGAUUACAUCCGUCUGGAAUAGGUCUUACUUUGACCCGAGAGAGGCUUCCCGCUCUGUCACAACCGCCUGAACGAACGUCUUUAGUUGUCUUAAAGCGAUGUGUUAUUCAUAUAUAUGUUAAUUCACACCCAUUGAGACAUGCGUACAGAGCUAUUAACGUUUUUUAGCCUCGAAAGUUGCUUCCAAGGGUCAGCCAACCAAUGUCAGGACAACAUAAUUACUAUAAGUUUUCUUUCCAUUUCCGCGAAUCAGUUUGGCGAUGUACUCCAAAUGUCUCGAAAACGCAACGUGCGGUCGAGUUAUUAUUUAUAUUUAACACAGAGGCCCAAUCACUCCCAAUCAUCAAGGUUUUUAUGCAACAAACUAGCUUUUUCUAUACAAAAUUUGACGAAAACAAUAUUUUACGGAGAAACAUUUUGAGCUGCUUGGAAGCUGUUGGGCUCAAAGAGAUACUUUAACUUGGUGGCAAGUCACAAUAGAUCUUCCAGGUUGCAGUGACUACAGUUCCAUUAGGACUGCAUAACCCUAAACAUCUAAAAUAAUAAUAAUACUUCACGAAGCUGUCAAAUAGUCGUGCUUGGCCCUCUGGUCUUUUAAGAUUUGUUUCUCAAAAUGUCUCUUUUAACCUAUGUUUUUGUCUUGAAAGAAGUGAAAGAUUUUGAUAGUGUUAACUGAAAGAUAUUUUAAGAGGCAUUUUGUAAAAUAUAUUAUUUUCUUGUAUUUUUGGAUAAAUCUUUGUGUGUGUGUGUUUGACAUGCAUCUUGUUAAUAGUACCUACUUGUAGUUAGUAGUAGCUAUUAAGGGUGAGAGGUUAGUUAAGAACUACAAUAUUUCCUGUGAUAGAAGGUUAAAUGAUGUAAAAUGCAUACUUUUAUAAUCAUUAGAAAACAAUAACAUCAAAAUCACUAGUCAAAAUGUUGCUUCAAGCACGCUGCGUUUUUAAAAUCAAAAGAAUUUUUCGUUUUAUAAAAUUUACUAAUAAAAUUGUCAACAAUUUAAAAUUUGAAACGAAUAAACAACGGUUGAGUUAAAUCACAGUAGUUCUCUCAUUUCUCCUUGCAUAUUUUCAAACAUGACCCCGUUAAUGAAGCAUCGAACUCAUCCGGGCUGCUUAUCUGUAAAAGGUAAUAAAUUCUAUAUUGCAGUUUUAUUAAAAAGCAUUUAGGGGAGGAGCUCGAUGACGCAGGUGGCUAGCGCGUUCAGCUGCGAUCGUUGAUUUUAAGCAACUUUCGCAAUGGUCGGUCAUUGGAUGGCUGACCAAAAACUUCUAUCCUCCGUGUUUCGGAUGUUAAGCCGUUGGUCCCGGUUGCAUCUGCAGCCGUUAUCACCCGUCAAUCCGCAAAACUUGGGCCCGCGUGGUGGUUCAUGGCCUAAUCUCCCUAUUCCAUCCAUAGGGAAGGCCUGUGCCCCAGCAGUGGGGACAUUAAUAAGCUGAUGAUGAUAACAAUACUUAUACUAUCCGAAGAAUAUACAGAAUCCGGGUUCAUCACCACAAACGAAGUAGUAGGUCACUGGGUUUACUCGUUCUCGAUUCGAGCUCAUAAUUUAGCGUUUGGUGAUAAUAAUUGGCACUCGCAAGAUAAUCAAUUCGGAAAUUAAUUUAUUGUUUUCAAAUGAACUGCGAUUUGCCUUUUUAGCCAUACUGCUCCUGAGCUUAUAAAAACUGUUUAAGAUAUAAAAUAAUAAAGACUGGUUUUAAACCGUUUCUAUGUAUUUUUAGCCCUAAUAAACGAAAAAUAAGCUCUGAUUAUAAAGUUCGUUUUUUUUGUCUGUUCAUUGAAUGAAAAAUGGCAUUUUGAGUGAAAACAAAACACGGCGUAACAGUAUCGGAAACGAUCUUGAGAUCGUAGCCCGAGUUAAGAGCGAUUUAUUAAUACUGGCCCUAUGCCGCAAUUACAAUUGGUCGUUAUCCCGUAUUCG